UUUUUUUUUUUUUUUUUAAUAAUAAGGAAGAGGAGAAGAAGGUGGUAGGGAGAGAGGAGGAUCACCGGGUGGAAUCCGGUGUGGAUACAACGACGACGAGGGUUGGGCCCGGUUGGAUCGAAUCGAAGGUGGAGGAGACGUCGCACGAUGAGACGGACGACGAGAGAAUGUCGCGCGGACGCCGCGGGAUUCGUCUCAGUCGUCCGACUGGUCGACCGGUGGCCGUUGAGAGCGUCGAAGAGGAACGCGUUCCGGAAAGGGUGAAGGGCAGCAGGCCGUCCUCGAUGGUGUGUCAUGAUCUGAUGGGACGAGUCAUGUCACGUGUCGUCGGGACGCUGCUCGCGCGCUCCACGCUGGUCACGAGCGUCGCCGCGGCCCUCGUCCUACUCUUCUGCUGCUGCAGGUGCACUCGCGCCAGCGAGUUUCCGGAAAGAGAAUGUUGCGACCUGAUAUUCCCGAUCCCGGAACCGACCGGCAGAUCUACGUCCGCGCCCACGCCAACGGGCAGAAGCGGAUCCGACAUCAAAGUACCGGUUGCAAUACUGAACUGUCUUUAUGCGCGUCAAUUGUGCUUCGAGGAUGCAUCCUGCAGCGCGAUUCUAGAGAUCAUACCGAGAGUCUGUGGUCCAGAACUGGUGGCUUGUUCGACGGUGACAGUGACAAAGUGUCAAGCGGCCCUGCACACUCUGCAAGCUUUCCCUUUCUUCCGCCCAACGUGCCUCUGCAGGGAACCGCAUGUAGACCCGGAUUGUAACAGUUUCCAGAACUUCCUCUUCGACCACCCUUGCAUCUACGUCUUAAAGAAGGAUAAGGAUCCGAUCGACGCGCUGCCGACCUGCAAUCAUGCGCUGAGCGUCUGUUUACGCGGCAAACCGUGCAGCCAGAUUUACGAGGACUUCAAAAGCAACUGCAAAGCGCGGGAGGGGAAAUGCAGGAUGGAGAGCCGGAGCGCCUGCCACGAUUCCUGGACCCAGCUACGACUGUCACCGAUGUUCGGCUGCAUUUGUCCCAACAAUCACAUGAAAAGACGCUGCGACAGGAUUUUCUCCACGGUGAAUCACAAUCCUUGCGUUGUGAAGGUCAUCUCGCAUCCGGACAACUCGACCAGCUUCGAGGUGAUCGAGUCCCAGCUCGAGAAUCCGUUGAUCGACGCCGAUCACCACGAUCUGGUUGCCAUGAAGCAGAUACCUGUUCCUGGUGGGCAUCAUCACAAAACGCAGCACAAGAGAAAUCAGACGGACGACCGUAAUCAGACGUCCGUGGUGUUGCCAUCCGCCUCCUCCGAUCUCGAUAAGAUACAGCAACCGGUCAAGAUCGUCCUCUCGAGCACUUGUCAUCAUGCCUACAAUGCUUGCAAAAACGAUCCAGAGUGCAAGGUGCUUCUCGAGCCGGUGUUGAACCAUUGCGACUCGACGAGUUGCGCGAAGAACGAGUGCAUGGAAGCGUUGCAAAACUUCUACAAAUCCGCCAACUAUAAACACUCCGUCGAGAUCGCGUUCUGCCUGUGCAGGAAAACGGAUGGAAAGAAGGACGAGUGUAUAAUCGCGCAGGAAAAAAUGCAUCCUGCCUGCGCGCAGCGAGUGGAGGGCGCGGAAAUGCCGACGUGUCACAGUUUGGCGGAAGCUUGCAAGGAGCACGAAGCAUGCAAGGCGAAAUUGGAGUACUACGAGCAAAAUUGCGCCGUGGAUAGUGUGACAAAGAAGUGUGCUGGUCCAACUGCGGAAUGCAGGAAAGCGAUGCUGGGUAUCCUUGGCACGGAAUUGCGGUCGAACUGCGCGUGCAAGGGGACGGAGCUCACGCAACUUUACGACUGUCUGGGAUGGCAGAGGCUCCUCUGGGUCAAUCCUUGCGUCGUCGAGUCCCAGAAGGAUUACCACGCGAGGAGGAAACACCAUCAUUACCCGAGGACAACGACGACUACCGUCUUGUCAACGACCAAGUCGCCAUCGGUUAGCACAACGACGGUCACAACCGUGGUCGAGCAAGUAGAGGAUAAUCAAAUACCGGAAGUGACGAGGUGGACAACCACCGAACCCACGGAAACUUGGGAAAUCACCACCACUAGCAGCACCACCAUUAGUACCACACCCACCACCACCACCACCACCACUACGCCGCCUCGCUUCUGUGUGGUUCAAAGGCCGAGGCAGAGUCACCAAUACAUAAGGGAGGGCGAAGGAAAGAGGCUGUAUCGCGAGGAUGAACCAGAAUGUUCGGAGUUGUGCCAAUGCGGCGAGGGUGAAGUUUUGAUCUGCAACACGAUCUGCGUGGAUUCAUCGCCCUGCAAGACGGACUUCGCCUUCUACAAUCACGAAGCACCGGCGUAUCAGGCGCAUCGCGGACCCUGCCUUUGCUAUAGCGGUCGUUUCAUAUGCAUGCGGCCAUCACCCGACGCUUACUCUAUACCGCACGGAGUUUUCAUGUUCCUGGGCUACAGCGAAAAGGACGAGAGUUUGCUGCGACGGCACAAUAAUCUCACCGUCCUGGACGCGGUGUCGUCCCUCGAUAACUUCAUGAGAGAAGAAGUUAACAAUCAGACAGUGUGCACGCUGUUCCUGUACAACGCGACCCGAGAGAACGUGAUUGCAGUGGCGCGUCUCGGGACUGACAAUCCACCCUUAAAUAGCAGCCAAGCUCAAAGUCUGCAGCACCUUCUGCGCGUCAAGGAGGAGUGCUUCUCGAUGCUGCAGGACCUCAGCGACAAGAUAAACAACAAGCACCACGAGGUCCACACGCACCCGUUACUGUCCAUCUUCAAGAUGGCCGAGGUCGAGGUCAAGUUGCCGUACAGCAACGAGGUCGGGUGUCUGUCGGGGUUGUCGAGCUUGCCGCUGGUCGCAAUACUCCUGCUGCUCACCCUGUUUCGAUCGGCGUCCACGUGCCUGGUCGCCUCGUGACACCAACGGCCCACAUCCGAUCCCCGUCGAGACCACCGAAUUUUCUCGAACGCCUAGAAAAAGCUGAUGCAAUCGAGACGGCCCUCGAGAUCGAUCAUCAACGAAGUCGCAACGUUCGUUCAACGGGGCUCUAAUCUUCGUGCCUCGUGGAUCAAACGAGUAUUGAGAAGUUUGAGAAUCGUUGCCGCGAUUCGAGGAUCGUGCGUUUCUCCAUCUUUCUCUACUUCCUCCCCUUCUUUGGAUCCUCGUUUUUUUAAUUUAAUAUUAAUUUAAUUUCUCUUAUCGAUCGAUUCCUCUUCUACGACGCCAAAUUGAAUCGAUUCCGAUUUCUUUACAAUAUACCAUCUCGUUUCUCUCGUGGCUGGGAUCAAUUUUUGUCGCGGGAGGACGCGAGAUCUUUAUUGCCGCCCAAUAACGCGGGUGGCAUCGACGAAACGGCCGUUCCGCGCGGCUACGUGGUCAAUAAUAAGAGCGAUCCCAUAUGCAGGGAAUGGGCGUGGAUCCAAACACGUGGCUCCCUUUUAACCUCCUCGCUGCUGGAUCAGCGACGAUAUUGCAAGCAAGAGAUCCCGAAACGACCACGGUCAUUAGAAUAGCGCGAGGCAUUUUCUUCUCGCGCUCGAAGGAAUCGCCUCUCGAUGACCCAGUUUAAAGGAGGAAAUAUAUCGUGUAUCGAGGAUACGUUCGAAAUAUUAUUUUUUUUUUCCUCGGUAUUGUAUUAACACGAAUUUUUGAAAUUUUAGAAAUCCUUGGAAAUUCUUCUCGCGGUUAUAUAGUUUUUAUAAAGAAAUUCCGUUUCCCUCGAGUCUUAAGUUUUUCGUUAAGAAUGAGACACCGGAUCCUCGAACGAAUACAACGCGUGUAUAAAGGAAGCACCGUAGUGAGUCUGUAAAUGACAAGCGCUAAUUUACCGUGUAAUUAAAAUAAGCUAGCAGAAAACGCGAACGCUCCUCCUGUAUCGGACCAUUAGGUGUUUAUUAACAUGUUGUUCAGAGCUAAAUCUAAACGGGCGUUUUUGAGGCAUGGCGCAAGAGGCUCGAGUGUGUAGAUAACUUGUAGAUUGUUAUAUAGACUUAAUAAAAAGAGGGAAGGGAAAGAUGCGAAUGACGGCUGUUUCUCGCCGCGAGUUUCUUUUUUCAUUUCCUAAAAUUAGAAUUAAUUGUAAAUU